CCAACCGCUUCGUCGCUGUGCGCCGUCUGUCCCUCCGUCUCACUCUCCUCUAAAAGCUCCCAAUUAUCUAGGCAUCCUGGCCUCGGGUUGCGCAUUCCCCAUCUGGGCCUUUCUCCGCCCUGUCGUCUGCCUUACCAAUUGGGUCGUGAAGUUCUCGAUUAUCACAGUCAUCAAGCCCGUAGAACG